GCCCGUUUUCAGAGAGCCCGCCACGAUGCCUAGCAAGCAAGCAUCAAUGUUGACAAAACUAAAAUAAAUUUCCAUCUAAACGACCCUCUAUUGACUCUUCGAAACGAAAAGCGGCGAACGUCUUCGCCAAACCGUUACCAUUUCAUUCAGACCCCGACGCACCUUUCAUUACGUCUACAGCAAUGGCGACCGACACAAAGUCCCUGUACGUGCUGCCGGGGGACGCCAUCGACAAGUCGCUCGUCCCGCGGCACAAGAAGCAGCCACUUCGGCUGGGGCCCGGGCUGCGACACAUUCCGCCGAGCGCCAUCGUGCCGACGACGGCUGGGCAAUUGGUCGUGGAGCCGCGGAAGAACUCGAUGUGGAUGGAAUAUAACGGGGGGCGUUACGUGCCGGCGCAAAACGACCUCGUCAUCGGGCAGGUGCAGCGCUCGGCGGCCGAGCUGUACCUGGUGAACCUGGCGGCGCACACGGCGAGCGCGACGCUGCCGCAGCUGGCGUUUGAGGGCGCGACCAAGAAGACGCGGCCGCAACUGGCGCAGGGGGCGCUCGUGUACGCGCGCGUGGUGCUGGCGAACCGGCACAUGGACGCCGAGCUCGAGUGCGUGUCGGCGGCGACGGGCAAGGCCGAGGGCCUGGGCCCGCUGACGGGCGGCAUGGCGUUCGACGUGUCGCUAGGCCUAGCGCGGCGGCUGCUCAUGGCGCGCAGCCGCGACGAGGGCGGCGUCGAGGUGCUCGAGCUGCUCGGCGCCGAGGGCCUCGCCUUCGAGACCGCCGUCGGCCGCAACGGCCGCGUGUGGGUCGGCAGCGACAGCCCCAAGACCAUUGUGCUCGUCGGCCGCGCGCUCAGGGAGACGGACGAGGGGCGGCUGGACGUUGAGCAGCAGCGGAAACUGGUCAAGCGCCUGGUGAGGGAGAUGCGGUGAAAGAUGGUGUGAGAGUAGCAGAAAGGGAAUAGAAGCACCAGCGUCGCGACAAGGCUGUGAGGAUGUUAUCGGCGUUGAGGCGGCCACCGGCUUGAGUUGGGCUGCUUUGACGUGGGCUGUCCGCGGCGAUAGGGUGCUGCUACAAAAAGUAGCCACUCCUUAAUCGCUGAGACUCUAAGAUCCCAACUUGGAGUCACUCAAGUAGCAUCUCUUAGAACUCCCGCGAUUGCCAUCUUGCAUGCGGCAAGCAUGCAGAUAUACAGUACCAGGGAGACACCUUAUAGUAGUACUUAGGGACCAUGAGUUCAAAGGUCUCAAAGGUCGUGGAGAGAUUGAACCCCACGCCAGAAUCCAAGACCAAAUCACUCAGUCACGCUUAGUUUUAAAGGGGGUGAUAAAAAGGAACC